UUCCAGCACAACCCACCACCAACAUCAUGCAGAUAACAUUCUACCGGCUCCGGACUUAUCAAUGCUGUUUCAUCCUCUUUAAUGUUGCACUUUUCCAUGUUUUGCUCUUUGGGGCGGAUCUAGUAGAGGAAUACUUCCUGAGAGCUCUCCCCACUACCUACACAGACAUGAAAAUCCUCAACGCCAGAGAGAAAGCACGCAAGUUGGAUGUGUCCCCCCUGAAAGUCAACAUCUCCAAAGCUUACAUUAUCAGUAACUCGGAGGCUUGUGCCCACAAGGAGAUCUUCUUGCUGGUUCUUACCUUCAGCAACCCUGAAAAUGCUUCAAGGCGCGAUGCAAUUCGACGAACGUGGGCAAACAUGACCGGUGUCAAAGGUUAUACCACUAGGAUCUUGUUUGUAUUAGGGAAACCUUCUUCAGAAGCCACCGAUUUGGAGGUCAUCAGAGAGUUCCAGGAGCAUCAAGACCUUAUCGAAGGAGCCUUCUUUGAUUCACCAGAGAACCAAACACUGAAGACUACUACAGCAGUGGAGUGGAUAGUAACUUUCUGUCCUGGGGCAAGGUUCAUUCUCAAAACGGAUGAGGAGAUGUUCGUUAACCUCCCAAAUCUGGUUGACUACUUGUUAAGCCUGAGAACUCACCUUGAGGAGAUCUAUCUAGGGAAAGUGGUCCAUCAAGAGGUGCCCAACAGAGACCCUCAAAGUCCCAGCUUUGUCCCCCUGCAAACCUAUCCAGAGAAAUACUACCCUGACUACUGCAGCGCAACAGCCUUAGUCAUUUCACAGGAUGUAGCAAGAAUGAUCUAUGUAACGGCUCAUGAAGUUCCUCCUUCGGUGCCUCCUGGUGUUUUUGUGGGAAUCUGUACGAAGAAAGCUGGUGUGACGCCUAUUCAUAGCUCUCGGUUUUCUGGGAAAAAACAUAUCCGGUAUAACCGGUGCUGCUACAAGUUCAUCUUCACUUCAGCUGUAUCGAGAGAGAGCCAGCUGGUCCAGGAAUGGGAGGAAGUUAGUGAUGGCAAAACCUGCACUUUACUGGAAACCUAUUAUGGGCUGGUGUCCUGUCGAGUCAUGACUUAUCUAGAUGGAUUUAAACAACUCAGUGUUGAUGCCCUACAGAAUGAGGCUCUUCAUUUUGCUGAUUAG